CUCAACAUGGAUGGUUAAAAAUUCGUACAUAAUUUUAGUUCCAAUAAGUUGUUAAGUAUGAAGAAGUAAAGCUUUAUCAGUGAAUUUAUUACCGUGACAAUGUCUUCAGAGAGGGUGGAAUGGGUGGAGAUUAUAGAACCGAAGACAAAGGAGCAUAUGUAUGCUAACCUAACUACAGGAGAAUGUGUAUGGGACCCACCGGAGGGUGUCAAAGUAAAACGUACGGAUUCAUCACAAUGGUGGGAGUUAUUUGAUAUCAAUACUCAUAGAUUUUAUUACUACAAUGCUUCAACUCAGACAACUGUUUGGCAUAGGCCUACAGACUGUGACAUCAUACCUUUAGCUAAAUUACAAACAUUGAAACAAAACACUGAUCCAGAAAAACGAAGGGAAACAUCUACUCAAACUAAUUUGGCAGCACCUCAGGUGCCAUCAACCCUAGAUCCAAUUAACAGCAACGGCAACACAACUGCCAGUGUCAGCAAGCAAUCGCCGAGUAAUACCAAAAAUGUGACAAUCACACAAACAAGCCCUGUGCGUACGAGGCGAACUCAUUAUCAUCACAGGAAUAGUGGCGAGAGUCGUAGAGGGCGGAUGAGCGAAGAUGGUUCUACAGCUCUGUGUCGGCACACGGACUCGGGACGGUCUUCUGAUAGUAGCAUCAGUAGUGCACAACAAAGGAGGAAACAGGAGCUCGCAGCCUGCAAUCCUCCGAUUUGUACGCCACAAUUGAAAAAACGCAGCAGUGUUCAACCACCCCCUACUCACGACAGCGAAAAAUGGUCUCCACAUUCAGGUUUGAAUCGAAGCGGUAGUUUCAUAUCGCCUAGGAAAGAUGCCUCCGAUGAUUCUAUGCACGAAAAAUACUUUAAGUCUGUCGAGAGCACGCCUUUAACGAGACGUAAGUUAAAACAGCAAUCGGCGGGCGGGUCGUCUUGUGAGUCCGCUUCACCGCAGAGUCCAAGCAGUCCGCUGCAGAAACCACAGCCAACAUCAUUUUUACAGACAUCAGCAGCCCGACCAUCUCUCGUGUCGUCAAUAUCGCUGGCCACAGAGGCGGCGGGCGCACGGCACAUGCUCAGCUUGGAGAGACCGCACCACUUGUCUAGACAUUCACGGGAGAGAUACUCUGAUAGGCACUUAGACAAAGAUCGGUUAGCGGAACUAGACCGUAUCGAGCGGUAUCCCGAGAAGCAAGCGGUAUACAGCGUGGACAAGCCUUUCAGACAGACCAGCCUGGACCUCCGUCACAAUGCGUCCAACUGGCACACGCCGAGAGAGUUCACAAGGUAUCAGCAAUCUGUUGAUAUGCGGCAACAAGCGGAGCCCGAGAGGUACACCUCAAGCAAGACGUCCGCGUCGUCAAGCAGCAGCAAGCACAGGACGCCGCCGCACGAACCGCACCAACCGCACGUGCACCAACAUCACAACUUUAUGAGGCUCUCGUCUGCUAAUGAAGCGGAUAAUGUUGCUGCUGUGAACUACAAAAUGAAGUGUGUGAAUUUGGAGCCCUCGCUCACCGAGCCGAAUGUUCAAAAGCACAAUCAACGUUUGGAAAGAACGACGCCGCGCGAUAGAACUAAGUCUAGACGCCACAGACGACCAGUAGAACCUGACGAUCAAGCGGAAGAUGAGGAAGAGGAGGAUGGUGGUGGUUCCCCUCUCUACUGUAAUUGGGAUCUGCGGGGCAUGCAGCAUUUGUUACCAUUGCAAGACUAUAUUAUACAGCAGGCUAAGUUGUCCAGCCGCAGCCGCUACACCGGCCACUCGGAUUCAGACAACGAGUCGGGCUCGUCCCGUUCCCGCUCUGGAUCCGGCUCGCGUUCGCUGUCCGGUCACGAGCCGGACAACGAGUCGUCGGACGGCGGCGCGCGGACGCCGGACGACGACGACGGGUCCGGCGUGUACCUGCCGCACACGUACGCGCACCGGCCGACGGACGCGGAGUACAUGAAUCAUGGCGUGGCGUAUUAUAACACGUUUGUUGGGUUCGAUCGUCAACCCUCGCCGGGGAUACAUAGGACGUCAUCCGUGGGCGGCGGCACGGGCACGACUGAUCGCGCGGACACAGGUGACGGUGCGGCGGCGUCCAGCGUGACAGCUAGCGAGGGGGCUCUAUACAGCCCGGUGCGAGCUCACCCGCGCCCGCUGGUGCCGCACCUGCCGCACAUGCCGCCCCCAGAGCAGGAUAUAGAGAUAUUCGCGAAGGACAACCUGAACUUCAAUAAAGGCAUUUUUAGGCGGAAGGCGUCCGUCCGCGACAUGUUAUCCUGGACGUCAUCGUCGAUAAACGCACCAAUGGUGGGCGCGGCGUGGGACAAGGGCCACAAGAAGGCGGCUACGGACUUGUUUAGAUUGGUGCAGAUAUACAUGGGUGAUCGGAAGGCGCGUCCCGGUAUGACGCUCAACUCGGUCGCGCAGGAUAUACUGCACGCUACGUUUACUAAUGAAAAACUCCGCGACGAGCUGUACGUGCAGCUGUGCCGGCAGACGACGGAGAACCCGCUGCGCGACUCGCUGCUGCGCGGCUGGGAGCUGCUGGCCGUGUGCCUCGCGUUCGUGCCGCCCUCGCCCGCCUUCCAGCCGGCGCUCACCAACUACGUCAACCGCCACCGCGACCCGGCCUUCGCCGACUGCUUCCCGGAGGUUGGAAAAUGGCCGAUUCACGUGCAAGUGUCGCACUACGCAAGUGUGGCGUGCAAGAGGCUAGAACGGAUCGGCUUCGGUGGGAAACGACAGCCAAGGAAACCCACAACUGAAGACAUUGAUCAAGCGCGGAUACAAAUAUUCCGUCAGUCAAUGUUCGGCAACACGCUAGCAGAAGUGAUGAUGUUACAAAAGGAGAGGUUUCCGAACCGACAAUUGCCGUGGGUACAAGUUGCUUUAUCGCAGCAAGUGCUGGCCCUUAACGGAAGGGAAACGGAGGGCAUAUUCAGGGUUUCCGCAGACGUGGAUGAGGUUAAUGCUCUUAAGGCGAAGAUAGAUAAUUGGGAGCUGCCCGAUGCCUCUAUGUUGACUGACGCACACGCCCCCGCUAGCCUGCUCAAGCUGUGGUACCGCGAGCUGUACGAGCCGCUGAUCCCGGACGCGCUGUACGGCGCUUGCGUCGCUGCGGGCUGCGAUUUCGCCGCGUGCACGCGGGCGCUGCAGCGGCUGCCCGCGCUUAAUAGACUGGUAUUAACAUAUUUAAUAAGUUUCCUACAACAAUUUACUGCGCCGGAAGUGGUAAGUCAAACCAAAAUGGACUCUGCGAAUCUCGCCAUGGUGUUCGCUCCAAACUGCCUCAGGUGCACAUCCACAGACCCGAGGGUCAUAUUAGAAAAUGCGCGCAAAGAAAUGACCUUUAUGAAAACGUUGAUCACAAACCUCGACACUUCGCACGUACAAGAUCUUCUGUGACUGAUGAAUCUCAACUAUUGUAACAAUAACGUUACAAAAUAUAUGAAUUUUUAGCAGCUAUAUACUCCGUAUGUGAGUGUUGAGAAUUGAGAAUUAUAUGGGAAAAAAAUCGAGCUAUAAGCAAUGUUUAUAUGCAUAGUGAUAAAACAACUAUCGUUGGAUAGAUUUUGUAAGCCUUAGUAGAUUUGUAAGAUGCCUUUGUGUGUAGGAAGUAAAUUUUUACGUGAAAUUGUAUUUAUUUGAAUGAUCAGAAGCAAUUAUAGUGGGAAAUAUGAAAUAAUAUAGUCCUGCUCUAUUUUAUGACAAAUAAUGAAUAGAAGAAGCAACUAUUUGAACAUGCAAUAAACGAGAUCGGCCUAGGGUUACCUACUAUCUAACUAACUUUUUAUAAAGAACCAAAAAGUUUGACGGCAUAAACCAUAUAGCAACCCCGCACUUGGCCAGAGUUGUGGAUUAUGGCCUAAACCUUAAAAGCAGGGAGAAAAGAGCCUAAUAAUUUAUGAUGAUGAUUAUAUUAAAAUUGAAGGUAGAUGAAAAAAAGCUACAUCUUUCUACCUUCGGAAGAAUAAAUUUCACUUUUGGAGUUUUAUUAACUUCUAUGUGACCUAGCGAUGUACCAUGGUAGCAAGAGUUACAGCAAUUAGAGUUGUGUAAUAUUUAAUUAUACGAUAUUACUCACAAAAUGAGCAGAAAAAAUUACCAUUCUUAUCACCUUUUUACUUCAAUUGUAAUUCAAUUGUUGCUAAUAGCUCGAUUUGUUUUACCGACAAGAUCUUAUCGCGGUCUCGAGUGACUGAAAUCAUUUGUAUCUCCUAUUGAAAUUACUAAAGAAUCAUUUAUCUGGUCAGCGAAAGUAAUAUACGGCUUUAAAUUUAAUAUCUCAAAUGUUUAAUGAUAAUUGUAAUUGCGAUAUAGAGCAAGAAUAGUGCCUGUCCUUAUAGUCGUUCUAGAGGGAAGUUUGAACAGUUAUGUUUAGUCAUUUAAUUAGGGUUGCCAACAUAUUUCUAGUUAUCAUAAUUGUUCAAGAUAAAUAUAGUAAAGAUGUUAAAUUUUAUGAUGUUAAACAGUUAGCCUUGUUCAUAGAUUUUACAAAAUCGAGAAAAUAGAUUGUUAUUAAUUUAAGUGUGGCAGUCGUUGUUCCAUCCAUUUCAAAAUUUCUGUGUAGAUACUGCUUAAUAUAUAUUUCUUAAAUAAUACAUAUUAUAGCUGUUAUAGACUUGAUAAACCUACCAUAACAAUUUUAUAAUGUUGGCAACCCUAGGUUUGUAAUUUGAAAUUCAGUACUUUCCAAUGUGCUUGUAGGUGUUAAUUAAUCAUUGGUUAUGUGAUAUCAAGUAAUUUUUAAAUAAUUGAGAAGAUGAAAAAUAGAUUUAAUAAAUUAAACAUUUCAAAAACUAUCGCUCUUGUAAUAUAAUAAUUGUUUCAACAACUUCAAAAGUAUCUCAGUGUAUCUCAGUUUGAUCUUAUAAUAUGCUUUCUUCAUAGAGCCAAUAAAACUUAUUAGACUGUUUAAUUAUUUAUGUGUAUGGAUAAUGAUUAAAUUGUUUAGUGUCGUGGCAAGGCAGCGCUUAUCUCCAUAUAAAGUGAAUAUUCCCAAAUAUCCUUGUAUAUUUUUUGUAUUUUUGUACUCGAAAACGUUUUUUUUGGUCGUAUCCAAAGAUAUUUAUUGAUAUGUGAUUAACAUAACUUGAGCUUUACGAAA